AUGUGUCAUUAUACUAACCAAGACCAAUUUAGUUCUGAUUAUGAGGAAGAAAUUGAAUCAAAUACUGUUGGUUUAUCUUCUGAGGCAUCUCAUAAAAAACGUGUAUCAAAUAAAAAACAAAAAAAACGUGGAAAUGCUACAGACCUUCAGAAUGAAGCAAGUUUACUUGAUAAUGACGAGCUUGAUGAACUUCUAAAUGAAUUACCUGUAGAGGAUAAUUAUGCCGCUACUCUUAAUUCUGCAAUAGUGGAUUAUUUUAAUGAUAUUGACCAAUCUAUUGCAACUGAAGAAGCAUUAACAGAUCAACAAAUAGUUACUCUUAUUCAAAAUGAAGAACGUGAUGACAUUGAGAGUGAUUCAGACGAUUCAGACGAAGAGCCAUCCGAAGUGUCUAUUCAAGAAGCAUAUAGUGCAUUGAAAACUUGGGUGACCUUUUUUGAACAACAACAGUCCUCAAAUUUCGAUAUGGAUGACAUAAAAAUAUUUAAAAAAUAUGAUAAAAUUACGAAUAGAAUGUUGUUAGAUUCACAAAAACAAACUGUGCGAAUACGGCGAGUCUGUCGCUAG